AUGGAAAUUGUCUCCAUAGGAAACCAAACGGUUACUGAAUUUGUCCUUCUUGGUUUCUAUGUCAUAGCUGAACUGCAUCUCCUUUUCUUUAUUGUGUUCUCUCUCAGCUAUGCCUCUAUCAUCCUAGUGAACAUGUUAAUCAUUGUGGUGAUGGUUAGCUCUCAGAGGCUCCACACACCCAUGUAUUUCUUCCUGGCUGAUCUGUCUUUCCUGGAGAUCCUCUGUAUUUCCACAGCAGUGCCAAAAAUGUUGAAGGACUUCUUGCAGGAGGCAGCCAUCUCUGUGGCUGGUUGCUUGCUCCAGUUCUUUAUCUUUGGUUCUCUGGCCACGGCUGAAUGCUUCCUACUGGCUGUCAUGGCAUAUGAUCACUACCUGGCAAUCUGCUACCCACUCCUGAUGGAGCCCAGAUGGUAUUUGGGGCUGGUGGUCAUAGCGUGGCUCUCCGGCUUCAUGGCAGAUGGAUUGGUUGUAGUCCUGAUGGCCCAAUUGAGAUUCUGUGGCCCCAACCACAUUGACCACUUUUACUGUGACUUCAUGCCUUUGAUGAGCUUGGCCUGCUCAGAUCCCAGGGUAGCCCAGAUGACAACAUUCAUUCUCUCUGUGAUCUGCCUCACUGUUCCCUUUGGACGGAUUCUGACAUCUUAUGCCUGGGUCGUGGUGGCUGUGCUGAGAGUUCCUGCUGGGGCCAGCAGGCAAAAGGCUUUCUCCACUUGCUCCUCCCACCUAGCUGUAGUGUCCACAUUCCAUGGCACCCUCAUGGUCUUGUACAUUGCACCCUCUGCUGUCCACUCCCAGCUCCUCUCCGAGGUCUUUGCCCUGCUCUACACUGUGGUCACCCCUCUCUUCAAUCCUGUGAUUUAUACCCUGAGGAAUAAGGAGGUUCAUCAGGCACUACAGAGGCUUCUCUAUGUUAAGCAAACUGAAACAAUUGAUUGA